AUGGCGAAAACAAGUCAAUAUGACAAGCGCUGGCUAGAUACAGUACAGAGCGGAACAGCGCUCGAUCUCCUUUUCUCAGUCUGCCCGCAGAGCUUCGAAACGAAGUACGAGUGUCUGCUCACUGGCCAUAUCUGGGACAUCGGCUGGGACGGAAACGCGCGGAAUCAAGUCAAGCGUGUUUUUGGGUUGCUAGGUGUCUGCCGACAGAUCUCUGUCGAGGCCAUGACGUUGUUGACCGAUAUCUCGGGAGAGAUGAGGCGCAUCCAUCCUGGCAAGAUGACAUACAAUAUCAACACCGACGGCGAACACAUACGGCGUCUUUUCCAAAAAUAG